AUGGCCCUCUCGGGUACCUUCUCUCCACGUGGCACGGGUGCACAGAGCGGCGCCACAAGUCUGGCUCCCAGUGCUGCCAACAGUCGCCGAGCAAGUUACGCCAGAGCUCGAUCACACCUCAGCACCGCCAACAGCGUCUCCGAGGAUCGAGACGACAGCCCAGACAGCGCAGAAGCAAGGACUGCCACGAAGAGCGGAAGUCAGGACUCUGCGCCGAGUUUGAUUGACGACACGGAUUCACCAGAGUUAAGUGCGAUCUCGCGCUCGAUCACUGCUGCUGAAUCCAGAAAUGAGCUGUCUCUGGAGAGGACGGUGACCGCUAGGCCCUCCAAAGUACCUACAUUCGAGAAUCAUUUCACUGCUGAGGAACUGGAACAGGCUAUGGCACAAGCCAGUCUUCGACCACGGAGAGGUACUGUACUUGGGCCGAUUGUAGUGCGAUCCGAUGGUAGCAUCGCAGCAUGA